GGCUAGGAGGAGGAAGUCUCUCAGAGAAGUGAUGUUGGUCAGCAUGGCGUCGUCAGACGUGGAGCGUAAGCGAAAGCAGCCCGAAGUGGCAGCAGCAGCGGUGGUGGAGGAUGAGGAGGAGGACGAGGAGGAGCGCUGGGUUGGGCCUCUCCCGGGCGAAGCCGCGCAGGCGAAAAAGAGGAGAGUUCUUGAAUUUGAACAUGUUUAUCUUGAAAACCUGCCAUGUGCUUCGAUGUAUGAACGUAGUUACAUGCACAGAGAUGUCAUUACACAUGUAGCGUGUACGAAGACAGAUUUUAUUAUAACAGCCAGUCAUGAUGGACAUGUGAAGUUUUGGAAAAAAAUAGAAGAAGGGAUUGAGUUUGUUAAACACUUCCGGAGUCACCUGGGUGUUAUUGAGAGUAUUGCUGUUAGUUCGGAAGGGGCGUUAUUCUGUUCAGUUGGAGAUGACAAAGCAAUGAAGGUGUUUGAUGUAGUCAACUUUGAUAUGAUCAACAUGCUGAAACUUGGGUACUAUCCUGGCCAAUGUGAAUGGGUAUAUUGCCCUGGAGAUGCCAUAUCUUCUGUUGCAACAUCUGAGAAGAGCACAGGAAAAAUAUUCAUAUAUGAUGGACGAGGAAACAACCAGCCACUUCAUGUUUUUGAUAAACUCCAUACAUCCCCUCUUACUCAGAUACGGUUGAAUCCUGUCUACAAAGUAGUAGUGUCUUCCGACAAAUCUGGAAUGAUCGAGUACUGGACUGGUACUCCUCACGAAUAUAAAUUUCCCAAGAAUGUGAACUGGGAGUAUAAAACAGAUACUGAUCUAUAUGAAUUUGCUAAAUGCAAGGCUUACCCAUCCAGUAUAAGUUUUUCACCUGAUGGCAAGAAAAUGGCCACUCUUGGGUCUGACAGAAAAGUUAGAAUUUUCCGUUUUUUGACAGGGAAGCUCAUGAGAGUCUUCGAUGAAUCUCUGAGUAUGUUCACUGAACUUCAGCAGAUGAGACAGCAGCUGCCAGACAUGGAGUUUGGCCGACGUAUGGCAGUUGAGCGUGAGCUGGAGAAAGUGGACGCAGUAAGAUUAAUUAACAUAAUUUUUGAUGAAACUGGACACUUCGUUCUCUAUGGAACAAUGUUGGGCAUUAAGGUCAUAAAUGUAGAGACUAACAGGUGUAUUCGUAUCUUGGGAAAACAAGAGAACAUCAGAAUGAUGCAACUAGCUUUGUUCCAAGGAGUAGCAAAGAAACAUCGUGCUGCAAUCACUAUAGAGAUGAAGGCAUCUGAAAAUCCCGUUCUCCAGAAUGUCCAGGCAGAUCCAACAAUAAUCUGCACAGCUUUUAAAAAAAAUAGGUUUUACAUGUUUACUAAACGUGAACCAGAAGAUACAAAGAGUGCAGAUUCUGACAGAGAUGUGUUUAAUGAGAAACCUUCUAAAGAAGAGGUCAUGGCAGCCACUCAGGCAGAAGGUCCCAAAAGAGUUUCAGACAGCGCCAUCAUCCACACAAGCAUGGGAGAUAUUCAUAUCAAACUUUUUCCUGUUGAGUGCCCCAAAACAGUGGAAAACUUCUGCGUGCACAGCAGAAAUGGUUAUUACAAUGGACACAUAUUUCACCGUAUCAUCAAGGGUUUCAUGAUUCAGACUGGUGACCCAACUGGUACAGGAAUGGGAGGUGAAAGUAUUUGGGGAGGAGAAUUUGAAGAUGAGUUUCAUUCAACUUUGCGACAUGACAGACCAUACACGCUCAGCAUGGCUAACGCAGGACCAAAUACUAAUGGAUCCCAGUUUUUUAUAACAGUAGUGCCAACUCCAUGGCUAGACAACAAGCACAGCGUGUUUGGACGGGUGACUAAAGGAAUGGAAGUUGUUCAGAGAAUCUCAAAUGUGAAAGUCAAUCCCAAAACUGACAAACCCUAUGAGGAUAUCAGCAUCAUUAAUAUCACAGUGAAGUAAGCUACGUGUUGAAGGUUCCAGCUUCAGCAGGAAAAACUUGGCAUGACGGGACCCAAAAAGAACAGAAACAUUUUUUGGCAAUUCCAAGAUUUAAGAAGUGCCAGGACAGAGCAGUCACCAGUUCUACAAUUUUAAAUGUACCUAAAGUGCCCACAGUCUGUAUUUCAUACAAUCAUAGAGUGGUUUAGGUUGGAUGGGACGUUUAAAGGUCAUCUAGUCCAACUCCCCUGCAAUGAGCAGGGACAUCUUCAACUAGAUCAGGUUGCUCAGUGCCCCUUCCAACCUGACCCUGAACGUUUCCAGGGAUGGGGCAUCUACAGCCUCCCCAGGCAACAUGUGCCAGUGUUUCACCACCCUCAUUGUAAAAAGCGUCUUCCUUCCUUCCAGUCUAGAUCUACCCUCCUUUAGUUUAGAACCAUCACCCCUUGUCCUGUCAUAACAGGCCUUGCUUAAAGAGGUUGCCCCCAUCUUUCCUGUAGUCGCCCUUUAAGUACUGGAAGGCCUUAGUAAGGUCUCCCCAGAGCCUUCUCUUCUCCAGGCUGAACAACCCCAGCUCUCUCACACUGUCCUCACAGGAGAGGGGCUCCAGCCCUCGGAUCAUUUCUGUGGCCCUUCUCUGGACCCGCUCCAACAGCUGCAUGUCCUUGUGCUGGGGGCUCCAGAGCUGGACGCAGCACAGCAGGUGAGGUCUCACCAGAGCAGAGGGGCAGAAUCACCUCCCUUGACCUGCUGUCCAUGCUGCUUUUGAUGCAGCCCAGCAUACCGUUGGCUUUCUGGGCUGUGAGCGCACAUUGCUGACUCACUCAUGUCUAGCUUUUUGUCCAGAGGUACCCCAAAUCCUUCUCAGCAGGGCUGCUCUCAAUCCCUUCACCCCCCAGCCUGUAUUGAUAUCGGGGAUUACCCUGACCCCAUUUCUGAUAACUUUUUAUUGUAAAUUAAAACAUCUGUGUGUUUCUUUUACAAA